CAAUGCACUGGGGGAGCGACUCCAGGGUACUUGUCAGUGCCUCACAGGAUGGAAAGCUAAUCAUCUGGGACAGCUACACGACAAAUAAGAUGCAUGCCAUUCCACUGCGCUCGUCCUGGGUGAUGACGUGCGCCUACGCCCCCUCUGGGAACUAUGUGGCCUGUGGUGGCCUGGACAACAUCUGCUCCAUAUACAGCCUGAAGACCCGCGAGGGCAACGUGCGUGUCACUAGAGAGCUACCUGGACACACAGGAUAUUUGUCCUGCUGUCGUUUCUUGGAUGAUAACCAGAUACUGACCAGUUCCGGAGACACCACCUGUGCACUGUGGGACAUAGAGACAGGCCAGCAGGCCACCAUCUUCACUGGCCACACAGGUGAUGUGAUGAGCUUGUCUCUAAGUCCAGACUACAAGACCUUUGUGUCAGGAGCCUGCGACGCCACCUCCAAGUUGUGGGACAUCCGUGAUGGCAUGUGCAGGCAGUCCUUCACCGGCCACGUGUCCGACAUAAACGCCGUCAGCUUUUUCCCCAAUGGUAAUGCCUUUGGCACAGGCUCAGAUGACGCAACCUGCAGGCUGUUUGACCUACGUGCUGACCAGGAGCUGAUGAUGUACAGCCAUGACAACAUCAUCUGCGGCAUCACUUCUGUGGCUUUCUCCAAGAGCGGCCGCCUGCUCCUGGCUGGUUACGAUGACUUCAACUGCAACGUUUGGGACACUCUGAAAGGCGAGCGUGCAGGUGUCCUAGCGGGCCACGACAACAGAGUGAGCUGCUUAGGAGUGACAGAAGACGGCAUGGCCGUGGCCACCGGGGACAGUUUCCUUCGGAUCUGGAACUAAACAAACCCCUUCCCCGUUGUAUUUGAUCACUGCCCGCCGACGUUCCCUCCCCGCAGCCCCACCCUGCAUAUCCAAACUCAUCUGCUGGGCUGGACUUGAAGGGUGCACACUGUGUCAGCCAAAAUCCUCCCAAAUCAACCCUGGUUCUCCUCUCUCCGCUGGCGACCUGCUCACCUGUGAGAAAGUACCGACUCUUUCUACCUGUCCAAGUGACUUUUUUUUUUUUACUCAGCUAUUACACAGCAACACAAAUAAGAACCUUUCAGUAGUUGUUCAAUCAAAAAAAAAAAAAAA